AUGGGCCUCUCGGACGGCCUCGUCGUCUUCCUCUGCAUCCUCGUUGCGGGGAUCGUGGUCGCCGGCGCCGCGGCGAUGCAUCGAGUCUACGCGAGCCGCGAAUUCACCGCCGAACUGCCGCAGCCCUCGGACGACCAAGCGCAGUAUAUGCGGAGCGUGCGUGCGAGGAAGUGGCCUCUUUUCCAUUAUGAGGCGCGUCAAGUCGCGCCGUCGACGAACACCUCUGCCGUGUGA